AUGCAUCUUCCCAAGGGGUACCGGGAGUUCGGCGAGCUCGGCGAAUUCCGUGCUUACCAAAAAUUCCCGUGCCACACGUAUGAGAAUGGAGAACUAUACAUGCCAAUGCUGCACAUUGCACAGUUUGUUUAUAAUCAACUUCUCAUCUUCCUGGUCCUCUACCCUUCUGCCGUCAUGCACGCUUCUUUCCUACUGUUAGCAAUUUCAGCUGCUGGUAGCUGGGCUUUGCCCUCUUCUAGAGCGUCCUGUCGCGAGUUGAAUAUCCCCAUCCCCGUGACCGUGCCGCGCUUUAUCAUCAACGCCACCGUCGAAAAUGAUUGGGACGUAGUAGAUCUGGUAUUCAACCUCACACGACGGGAUUUAGGUACAUCGGCCGAUCCACUCUCACUCCUCAACUAUGUGACUGCUGAUGAGGAAAACACCUAUAUGAUCGGAGCCACGCUUUGCGGAACUGGAGAGACUAUGCUGGUGCUUACGCACGGCAUUUUAGAAUCUAAGCUCUACUGGGAUCCCUCCUUGCCUGGUGCAGGAAAAUAUAGCUUCAUUGACGCUGCUGUCAAAGCUGGGUAUUCGGUACUGAGCUAUGACCGAAUCGGCGUGGGUUCAUCUUCCAAGGUGAAUGGGCUCACAGACGCCCAGUUCCAAGUCGAGACAGCCGUUCUGAAUAAAAUAGUGGAAUACGCCCGCAAGAUUCCCCACAUCUCCAAAGUCGCGCUCAUCGGCCAUAGCUACGGCUCAUAUAUUUCAUCCGCCUCCGCCAGUCAGGUUGAUGUUGACGCCCUAGUGCUGACAGGGUUCACGGGCACUUUCACCUACUUCGGGCCGUUCCUCGCCGGCUCCAACUUGCGUGUAGCCAACACAUUGGACGCCGCUCGCUGGGGAGAUCUUGACUCGGCCUAUAUCAGUACCGCUGAUCUAUAUUCCGAAACAUACAUCUACUUUGCCAGCCCUUAUUUCGAUCACUCGAUAGCUAAGUGGGCGUUUGAGGUCUCGACUCAGCCUUUUGCUGUGGGCGAGCUUCCGUCGCUGUUGAAUACCACCCUCGACUACACAAGUAUAACUGCUCCGGUAUACAUUCUGCAGGGUCAAUAUGACGUUUCUGCAUGUGGCGGAAAUUGCGUGGGCCUACUUGAUGCUACUGCAGCCAUGUUCCCUGGCUCCAAAGCUGUUGAGUGGGUGGAUGACCUUCCUGCCGGGCACAGUCUCAAUCUGCACAAAGUGGCCCCAAAGGCGUUCAAGAUGAUCUUUGAUUUUCUCAGCGCGCAAGGGGUCUGA